GUCACCUCAUUGCUCCAACGGCCGGAAACCAGCUCGCCGCAGAGCUCGGUAUGGCGCAACCUGAACUCGGAAACGAAGCUUCUCGAAAGCCUAACAACACCGAUGUAGGACCUUCUCCCUGUGGCCUGGCUGAAGUGAACGUCGCAAGGGGCCCCUUCUCGGGAAAUGUCGUCGACUUCAAGCUCCCCUGCACCGCGAAAGGAAACCAAACAUGCGAAUUAGUGAAACGCCUUUCUGCAUACAACGAGUUCUUGUGCCAAGUUGGCUUGGAACUCCGGUAUUCGCAAGAUUCACCGUGCGCUACAGGUCAUCUAUGCUUGUACACCUUUCCCGGUCCAUCUCCCGCCCUGAACGGCAAGACAAAUGGAAGUGCGAAGCAAGCCAUUUCGCUUAUGUAUUCUCUGCUCAGGACGCAUCAAUGCAUCUCCGCCGUCCGUGUGAGAGUGGGCCACUGGGAUACUUACACAGAUGCUUUGUGCGAUGCGCUGCAGGACAGCGAGUCUGUUCGGCAACUUAAUGUCGAGUCGGAAGUCCUGCCUCAAGAAUUGAGCGCCGUCAUCCCCACGAUGAGAAACCUGGAGGAAAUAGUGUACACAGUCAAGCAAGUGACAUCGGAAGCAGUGCUUAUGCUAUCCUCAAUCCUCAGCUCCACGUCGUUGACUACACUCAGGAUUCAUGAGGGCAUCAAAUGGCUGCUCUCGGAGUCGUGCUUCACCAUACUCAAGGCGAACUCUACUCUCAAGGAGCUCUCCCUGUGUUGCAGCCUCUCAGAGAUGUUUCCACACGUGGCGCUGGCAGACGAUCCCGGACAAGAAGCAUUCGAAGAUUACCUUAAAAGUACCAGAACGCUAACUACGCUUACCUUUACGGCAAACAGAGCGGAGGGACAGAACUACCUUAAUUUCUUGCUGCGAGGUCUUCUGCAGAACAAGACGUUGACAAACGUAACUCUGGGUUGUUUUCGAUUCUGCCAAGAAAGCGUACUGCUGGCAUCGGAGGUUAUCUCUGAAAAUCGAGUUCUCCGCACCUUCUGCAUAACCGGCACUUCAGUGUUUCCACUGGACAUAAGCAGUGAUAUUCAUGAUUAUUGGCGCACGGCAAUGACAAAAAACGAAACUCUGGAAGAACUUACUCUGCCCCUGCUUGCGUGGUCGCCUGAGAUCUGGGAGGGCAUCUUCGACAUACUAGUAACAAAAGAGCGGAUGAAAACCCUGACCAUUGAAGAUGUCGAGUUGUCGGACCUCAAUGCCUUGGAGAGCAUCUGUAGUGCCACAAGAGAAAUAGGAGUGGAACAGAAGGUGACAGUUCGCCAAGUCAGCGAAAAUAAUUCACGAGUAGACUUCCCGACUGCCACUUAUACCGCUCUCCCAAUCUACAUCUUGUUUAAUGAUGCCGUUUUCGUAGACUUGCCUUCUGUCGAUUUUGUCGCAACGCUUUCCGUACUGAUCGUGAACCGCGACCCACGAAUCGCUUCGGCCUUAGCAAACUACAUCGAGUCAGCAUCGCUGUUGAAGUCUUUGCGGCUUCAUGUGGCGUAUAAUGGUAACCACGAAACUAACGCCGAAAACAGUUCCUGGUGGUCAAUCGUCUUACAGUCAUUGUCGCGAAAUGCAAGCAUAAAAGAAGUAAGCAUUAACUGCGGCGAAAACCUGGAUGACCAGUAUUUGGAAGAUCUCGCCGACACUGUAAUCUCAAGCGGACACAUCACACGCGUCAUAAUUUGGAACCACUCGACCGCUUUCACACGACGGUUAUCGGUUUAUGCCAAGCGAAAUUACACUUUGCUCAGUGUCGUCCUAUGCGACCGCUCUUGUACGCAAGCCGAUGACUGCUGGUUCAAAGUAAGGGACGCCGCACGCCGAAAUGGUGACCUGAUAACCCGUGCUGCUCUUUUCGCCAAAGGCUUUCGGUGUGACAGGUGCGUCUGCCCCUCCGUCAGCGCCUUCAAAUAUCACGCCGCUGGCCUGGAGCAAGUCUGUGCGUAUCCGAUGCUGCGGGAGGAGCUGACUCGGCUUCUGUCCGUCGGGGAGACCGAUGGGGUUUCGAUGAUCAGAAGGCGGCUGAGGAGCAUCCAAAGCAUCCACGACUUCAUGAGAGUUGCGGGAGUGGUGAAGGAACGAGUGGCUUGCUAUCCUCGUGAAGACGGGUGCCCGCAGCUCGACGUACUGCCCGAGCUGUGCUGGAGACACGUCAGGCGCUACCUUAGCCUCGACGAUAUUUGCGACUCUCGGGAGUCAACGAAAAAUUAUCCCUAUCUCUGAGAGGCUCAACAGACUGAGCCAAGAAAGAAGUAUUUAUACAACGAAUAUUAAACGCGCCAGUUCUUCACCUU